GCGCGCGCGGCGCCGAGGACCGCGGCCCUGCCCCUCCGGCCAGGGCCCGGGGGCCGUGCGGGGCGGGAGCCUCGGAAACCGGCGCCCGAAUCUGCGCCCCAAGGACUCCGCCGCGGGGUCCACGUGGACCCUGGGCCGCGGCGGGACUGGAGCCCGUCCCCGCGCGUGGGGGAGGGGCCGUUGCAACCGGGUUCCCCUUUUCUGCAGCUCAAAGCCUGGGGAAGUGAUUGCUCAAAGCGGGGGUGGGGGGGCCGGAAGAACCCAGGUUUCCGCGUCUCCCGUCCCCCCCCUCAGCCUGUGGGGAGGGGCCGAGGCGGGACACCCGGUUUGCCCCCGCCCCCACCCUGUUGGCUCUGGCAGCCACUCAUCCCUGCCAGUCGCAGGGGAGGCGCUGCGCCCCCGGCCCGAGCCGAUCGGGGGCUCCUGGCGCCAGCCUCGCUCCAGAACGCGCAGGAGGACCUCCUGCCGUCUGACUUGAGUCCUGCUGCUGCAGUACACGCCCCUUCGGCAGCCAGGGUGGGGCCCAGAGCGAACCUGGCCCCUCCCGCCCCUGCCUCGCCUUUGGGUCGCUGGACGUCCCGCCCCAGCCCCAAGUCCUACUCAAGUCCUCCUUGUCGCAGGCCUGGUCUGCUGCCCCUACUGAGUCCCCAGGAGCAGGUGGGGAGCCUCCCCAGGGCUGAUCCGGACUCCUUCGUGGGGAGCAACCCUCACCACCUCCCACCAGCCGAGGAAAACCUGGGAUGGAGGGAGCUGGGAUGGGGGGGGGGGUCUAAAUGUCUGACCACCACCCCUAUGCACCGCCCUUAUAGCCCCAGACUCUGAGGACCUCCAGCCCCCCUGGGAGGGGCCAGGAGCCGGAAACCAAGAAAGAGGAACCCUGGCUUCCGGCUUCCCAGGGAGCGAGCAGAUGGGGGUGUCCCAGAACCUCCUGUGGAGAUCUUGUCUGGGGUCCCCUCCUUCCUGACCUCACAUCCCCUCACAGCCACAGUGUAGACUGGAGUGGGGGUCAGGGCCUGGGCAGAGCGGUCUGGAGGCGGGAGGCCGGGCAGGGGGCGGGGGGACGCCUCCGGGAGGAUCGGGACCUCUCCAGGGCGGCAGGCCGCCACCGGUGUCAGGUUCUCCGUGAGAGUCCCGGCCUCUCUUCUCAGAGCCCCAGGCUGUGGUGAGGGUCCUGGAGCAGGCACCACGGAGCCCCGGCAACCUCUUCCACCCACCCAUGCCCACCCCGCCUGAGGCUGAGAAGCAGCACACAGGGCCAGAGGAGGGGGACCAGCCUCCCUCCAUGUCCAGUCCUGAUGCGGCCCCCCCGGCCCCCCCCGGGCGAAACCCCUGCUGCUUGUGCUGGUGCUGCUGUUGCAGCUGCUCUUGGAACGAGGAGCGGCGGCGAGCGUGGCGGGCCUCCCGGGAGAGCAGGCUGCAGCCCCUCCCCAGCUGCGAAGCCUGCGCCACGCCGAGCCCCGAGGAGGUGCGGAGCUGGGCGCAGUCCUUCGACAAGCUGAUGCACAGCCCAGCGGGCCGCAGCGUGUUCCGGGAGUUCCUGCGCACCGAGUACAGCGAGGAGAACAUGCUCUUCUGGCUGGCGUGCGAGGAGCUCAAGGCCGAGGCCAACCAGCACGUGGUGGACGAGAAGGCGCGCCUCAUCUACGAGGACUAUGUGUCCAUCUUGUCCCCCAAGGAGGUGAGCCUGGACUCCCGGGUGCGGGAGGGCAUCAACAAGAAGAUGCAGGAGCCGUCGGCGCACACGUUUGACGACGCGCAGCUGCAGAUUUACACGCUGAUGCACCGAGACUCCUACCCCCGCUUCCUCAGCUCCCCCGCCUACCGCGCCCUGCUGCUCCGGGGGCGCUCCACGUCCUCCAGUGAAGCCUAGACUGCCCACCGUGGCUGCCUGGACGCGGGACCCCUCCCGCGGGCAGAGACUCCUUUCACAAGAGCGCUUCACGUGUGGGGCACACCCGCCGGGCCCAGCGCCCCGGGCGGUCCCAGGCAGGAGCUCCGGGUGCAGGGCAGGCCAGAAGCCCCCUUCCCCACCCAGAGGACCCAGCGCCCCAGGAUCCAGCCGAGAGGCAGGCGUGAGGGCCUCUGGGCCUAGGCGGCCCCUCCAGCACCACCACCCCCACUGAGCGCUUCCUGCUGGGGUUCCCACCUGGUGAAAGGAGGCGCCCUCCCUGAAAGCAUCCUGGACCCACAAAGCUCACAAGGUCCUCCUCCCCGGGCUCCUGGGGGCCCUGAGAAAUGCCUUUGGUGGAGAACAGAACCCCUGUACUGUCUAGUUCUGUGACAAGAGGAGACCUCCAGCUGGUGCCAUCUGCACCCCGGGAUCAGACCCAGGACCUCAGAACGAGGCUCAAGGCAGCAGGACCCGGUUUCUCUUUUAUAUGUUCAUUGAGUUUAAACCAGGAAACAUGGCACUGUGUGUUUUAUCAAAAAAAAAAAAAAAAAGUUUUCAUAUUUAACUCCACUCCUCUUCCCCGCAAAAUAGAAUCUUAUUAUUGAAGAUAUUUUUAAAGUAAAA